CAUGUGGAGAGGGCCAAACGUGAACUGCGUUGACAGCACUGGCUACACGCCCCUGCACCAUGCUGCUCUCAACGGCCAUAAGGAUGUGGUCGAGGUUCUCCUGAGGAAUGAUGCGCUGACCAACGUGGCUGACUCUAAAGGCUGUUACCCCCUGCACUUGGCAGCCUGGAAGGGAGAUGCCCAGAUAGUGCGGCUGCUCAUCCAUCAAGGGCCCUCGCACACCAGAGUCAACGAGCAGAACAAUGACAACGAGACGGCCCUGCAUUGCGCAGCCCAGUACGGCCACACGGAGGUGGUGAAGGUGCUCUUAGAGGAGCUGACAGAUCCCACCAUGCGCAACAACAAAUUCGAGACACCUCUGGACCUGGCCGCGCUCUACGGGCGACUGGAGGUGGUGAAGCUGCUGCUCAAUGCCCACCCCAACCUCUUGAGCUGCAACACUAAGAAGCACACCCCUCUGCACCUGGCAGCGAGGAACGGCCACAAAGCCGUGGUCCAGGUCCUCCUGGAUGCCGGCAUGGAUAGCAACUACCAGACGGAGAUGGGCAGUGCUUUGCAUGAGGCUGCUUUGUUUGGCAAGACCGAUGUGGUGCAAAUCCUGCUGGCUGCAGGAAUUGAUGUCAACAUAAAGGAUAACCGUGGACUGACUGCCCUAGACACCGUCCGGGAGCUGCCUUCCCAAAAGAGCCAGCAGAUAGCAGCCCUUAUUGAAGAUCACACGACUGGAAAAAGAAGUACAAAAGAGGUAGAUCAAGCCCCCACACCCCAGCCGUCACUCGCCUCCAGUGUGGGCUCCCCAUCACAGAAGGCUCAGGGUGACGUGGAGAAAGCAGUGACCGAGCUCAUCCUCGACUUCGACACGAAUGCCGAAGAGGAAGGUCCCUACGAGGCGCUGUACAACGCCGUCUCCUGCCACUCGUUGGACAGCAUGGCCAGCGGGCGAUCGUCCGACCGAGAAUCCACGAACAAGGAGUCUGAGGCCGCAGGAGUGAAAGCUGCUGGAGUGAGGCCUAGAGAGCGUCCACCGCCUCCGGCAAAGCCACCACCCGAUGAAGAGGAGGAAGACCGCAUGGAUAAGAAGUACUUUCCCUUGACAGCUCCUGAGGUCCUGGCGCCGAGCCCCAGAAUCCAGGGGAGUGCAGCCAGGGAGGAGGACGAGCACCCGUACGAGCUGUUGUUAACCGCAGAGACCAAGAAGCUGGUGUCUGUAGACGGGAACAUGAAAGACCACAGGCAGAGCAGCAGCAACCGGAGCCAGGACUCCACGGAGGGGCAGGACGGGCAGGUUCCGGAGCAGUUCUCGGGUCUCCUCCACGGCUCCUCCCCAGUGUGUGAGGUGGGGCAGGACCCUUUCCAGCUGCUCUCUGCCACCAGCCAGAGCCAUCCAGACAGGUCCCCCCAGCAGGACGCCUGCCACGAGGCCAGCAUGCAGCUGGAGGAGACGGGUGUGCACACUCCUGGGGGCCCCCAGCCCAGCGUCCUGGACCAGAGCAAGCGAGUGGGCUACUCAGCAGGCCUGCCCACCACCCACAGCCGGCCACACCCUGACACUUGGACUCACACAGCACCUCUGCACCCUGCUGGUGCCGAGGAAGAAGGAGACAGGAGCGGGGCCAGAAGCCGGGCCCCUCCCACCAGCAAACCCAAAGCUGAACUCAAACUCAGCCGCAGCUUGUCCAAGUCUGACUCUGAUCUCCUGACCUGCUCACCCACGGAGGACACCACGAUGGGGAGCCGGAGUGAGUCCUUGUCCAACUGCAGCAUCGGGAAGAAGAGGCUGGAGAAGUCACCCUCCUUCGCCUCGGAGUGGGAUGAGAUUGAGAAAAUCAUGAGCUCUAUUGGAGAAGGGAUUGACUUUUCUCAGGAACAGCAGAAGAUAUCAGGUUCGCGGACGCUGGAGCAGAGCGUCGGGGAGUGGCUGGAGUCGAUUGGGCUGCAGCAGUAUGAGAGCAAGUUGCUCCUGAAUGGCUUUGACGAUGUCCGCUUCCUGGGGGCUAACGUGAUGGAAGAGCAAGACCUGCGGGAGAUCGGCAUCAGCGACCCCCAGCACCGGCGCAAGCUGCUCCAGGCCGCACGCUCCCUGCCCAAGGUGAAGGCUCUGGGCUAUGACGGGAACAGCCCCCCUUCGGUGCCCUCCUGGCUGGACUCCCUGGGGCUGCAGGACUACGUCCACUCCUUCCUGUCCAGCGGCUACAGCUCCAUCGACACCGUGAAGAACCUCUGGGAGCUGGAGCUCGUCAACGUCCUGAAGGUCCACCUGCUUGGCCAUCGCAAGCGCAUCAUUGCGUCCCUUGCAGACAGGCCCUACGAGGAGCCACCCCAGAAACCCCCAAGGUUUUCCCAGCUGAGGUGCCAAGACUUGCUCUCCCAGACCUCAUCCCCCCUGAGCCAGAGCGAUUCCUGCACCGGGCGGUCGGCGGACCUGUUGCUGCCCCCCGGGGACACGGGCAGGAGACGGCACGACAGUCUUCACGACCCUGCGGCGCCCACUCGAGCAGAGCGCUUCAGAAUCCAGGAGGAGCACCGUGAGGCCAAGCUGACCCUCCGCCCCCCUAGCCUGGCCGCCCCCUACGCCCCCGUGCAGAGUUGGCAACACCAGCCGGAGAAGCUCAUCUUUGAGUCCUGUGGUUACGAAGCCAAUUACCUGGGCUCCAUGCUGAUCAAAGACCUGCGAGGGACAGAGUCCACGCAGGACGCCUGUGCCAAGAUGAGGAAGUCCACCGAGCACAUGAAGAAGGUCCCCACCAUCAUCCUGUCGAUCACCUACAAAGGCGUCAAGUUCAUCGACGCGUCCAAUAAGAACGUCAUCGCCGAGCACGAGAUCCGGAACAUCUCCUGCGCGGCCCAGGACCCAGAGGACCUCUGCACCUUCGCCUACAUCACCAAGGACCUGCAGACCAGCCACCACUACUGCCACGUGUUCAGCACGGUGGACGUGAACUUGACGUACGAGAUUAUCCUCACGCUGGGGCAGGCCUUCGAGGUGGCCUAUCAGCUGGCCCUGCAGGCCCAGAAGUCGCGGCCGAUGGGGGCCCCCGCACCUGAGACCAUAGAGACGAAAUCUUCCAAACCGGUGCCCAAGCCUCGGGUCGGCGUGAGGAAACCCGCAGUGGCGCUGCCCCCUGAUAGUCGCUGUUGUCACUGUCACACCUGCACCACCCACCGCCCUUCCUACCUACCGCUGCCGUCUGUCAGUCCUGGAGUCAAGGUCUUUACGCCUCCUGCUGUCUUGUGUGUCCGUCUCCCUGAAGUGACCUGGAACCCCCCGAAGUGGACCACGAUGGCCAGUCCCACGCCAGUGUCUCCUGGGUUGUGGACCCAAAACCAGACUCUAAGCGGAGCCUCAGCACCAAGUAUGAGACCACUAUCUUCUAACACCGCCCACUCCCCGUCUCCACUAGUCUCACUGUGCCUUUGCCACCCGACCUCUCUGCUCUUCGCAACUCUCCUUCCAGCUGCUGACACCAAGGGCCUGCUCUGGGACCUGCCCUCCUCCGGGCAGCAGCUCCAGACACUGUCCACUCAGCUCUUGCACCUAACCCCACCGAACACUGUGAAUUCUCCCCCUUGGGCUGAGGACAGCUUGGGGGGUGAGUUGCCUUUGAGGUGGGCCCCCAGGGGGUUCAGGGGCUCUGUUGCACCCAGGAGCCUCUGUAGGCAGGCACUGUGACUCUGGGGUGCAGGGGCAGUCUUUGAACAGAAUACAAACAGCACUGAGGACUCCCUGCUCUGGGCAGGCUCGGUCCGGGGCCCUCUCCUGUCUUCUAUACUGAGCCACAGCUGGUGCCACCACCAAGAGCUAUGUUUUCCCCUUUCCUGACAUAACCGCCCACUGACCCCCAGCGCAGGCCCCCGUGCACUCUGCUCCCAGUUGGUCUCCAGCCCCGCCUGCUGCUCUAAGGGCUGGCCUCAUGAGACCCUGAGCUCAGAGGGCCCGGUACAUGCCAGGCCCUCACCUGGUUCCCACUGGCUCCAAAGCCCUGGGCCUCUAAGCAUCUGAACACCCACUGGCUGACUCCUCUCAGCACGUUCCUUAGUUCUGAUGGGCCUUCUCUCUGAGGACGGUGGUGUGUGUGCGGGCAGACCCUGUGUCUUUGCUGCUGGGUCACAGGUCUUUGCUCUGGAGUCUAGCUCACCAAGCAGGAAGGCCUUCCCUGUGCUCUGCACCCACCGUGCACCUUCUCUCCCCAAGGAGCCAAGGACAGGGACCUGGACUGAGCAACUGCCCUUGCCUUCCGGGAGCUCUCUGCCACCUCUCAUGGUGUGCGGAUCAAGGAUAGCCAGCCAUGGCUAGGCCUUUCCUGAUCAGCCUCAGCCUGGGCUCCCUUAAGGAGAGGCCAUGCAACCCAUCAGCUCGAGCCGUUCAGCGGCCAGGAUCGUGGGGCCGAGGUGGAAGAAGCCCCACGUCCUCUGGUGUGGGCCGGUAUGGGCAAAUCAGUGUAGUCGGCAGGUUCCAGGAGGCGGCGGCGCACGUGUGGUGCCCGUGGGAAAGCAGUGCGCCCGGCACUAUUUCAGAGUUGAACCCCAGUUGAUAAACCAGGGUGGGCCGCCUGUCCUUGUGCCUUCUUGAGCGACUGGCUGAGCCGAGGCGGCAGGGGGCCCUGCAGGGCGCUCUGGGAGGCUGUGGGGACUCUCCGACCUGCUACUGUAUCUCUCCGUUUCCUCCAACUUGUGCAGGCCCCUUUGGUUAACCCUUUCCUCCCCUCAUUGUUUGCUUC